AUGGAUGCGGAGUUAUACAAACCUUUCAAGUUGACUUUUUUUAUUUUAAAAAAAAUUGGAAUGUUGCAGGAUGGUGAACAAUCCUGGAUUUACUUUGUUUGUGGAUAUUUUUUCCAUUUCAUAGUUAUUUAUGUUUAUAUUUUUGGUCAACUGACUUACUUGAUUAAUGCUGCUGAUUUAAUGGAUUUCUCUGAAGGUUUGGCUUUGACCACAACUUUUAUAGCACUGUCAUUAAGAAGUAUAAACUUCUUCAGAAAGAUAAAUAAAAUCAAAACAUCAGUGGAAGCUCUCAACAAACUUUUAAGGAAAACUGAUCACGAAGCUUCGAUCAAAGAUCGGAAGUUUAUUAGACAAGAAGUUUCUUUCUGCUACAAAGUUUAUCUGGCAUUUCUUUUCUCUGGAAUCUUAACUCUAACAUCAGGAGCUUUUGUUCCCGUGAUAAACAACAAAGUACCUUAUAAGUUUUGGUUUCCUUUCGAUACUAACAAAGAAACAAGUGAAGUCGGUUUUUGGAUUGCGUCAUAUAUUUUGGUUUUGCAUUCAUUUCCAACUGGAAUACUGGAUAUAAGUUUAUGUAUGUUGCCAGUGAUAUUCAUGGCAUUUGCUAUUGGAUUACUCAGAGAACUUUCGGAACGUUUAAAGAAAAUCAAAACCAUUGAAGAACUCGUUCAAUGCGUCACAAUACAUCAGGAAAUUAAACUUUUCAUCAAAGACAUUCAUGGCAACUUUGCCGAAACAAUUUUCUUUCAAGGAAUUAUGAGUUCGCUUACUUUAUGUACUGGAGUGUUUACCAUGUCUGUUACUGAAAACUUGACACAAUUAAUUCGAAUUAUAACGUUUCUCAUCCCGAUGCUGCUUGAAAUAUUCCUUCCUUGCUACUUUGGAAAUGAACUGUCGAUAGCUUCAUCAACGCUCACUACUUCAAUCUUUCAAUCAAAUUGGAUUGAUGGAGAUAUGACAUUCAAGAGAGCUUUGAUGAUCUUCACUGAAUGCAACAGGAAAGAGUUGAAAAUCACAUCGCUUGGAUUAUUCGAUGUCAACAUUGCAACAUUCAGUUCAAUUGGAAGAAGCGCUUAUUCAGUUUUCAAUGUUUUGAAGCAAUCAACAAAUAGAAAUUCGUAUUGA